AUGGUGCCGUUAGAAAGAUCGACCACCACGGUGUUGCCGCCGCCGAGCUCGCUGCCGGUGGGGUUCAGGUUCCAUCCGACGGACGAGGAGCUCAUCAAUCACUAUCUGAAGCUGAAAAUCAACGGCUCAAAGGCAGAAGUCAGUAUGAUCCGCGAAAUUGACAUCUGUAAACUGGAGCCCUGGGACCUACCUGAUUUGUCUAUCAUUAAAUCAUAUGACAAUGAGUGGUUCUUCUUCUGCCCUAUAGAGCGGAAGUACCAAAAUGGGCAGAGGAUGAACCGAGCUACAGAGCAAGGGUACUGGAAGGCAACUGGGAAAGAUAGGAAUAUACUCAGUAAAAAGCGCGUAAAGAUUGGGAUGAAGAAGACGUUGGUGUACUAUGAAGGGCGAGGCCCUAACGGAAAAAGGAGUAAUUGGGUUAUUCAUGAGUAUAGGGCUACUGGUGAGACUCCGUUUGUGCUUUGUCGUCUCUUUAAGAAGAAUGAAAAUGGUGAAAGUCGAAACAGCAAUGGGGUUGAGCCAAAUGUUUCUUCUCCUAUUGUUGUCAAGUCGCCCGGUGAAGAUGAUCAAUCGGAUCGCAUUAAUGCUAAUAAUGCAGAAAAGUAUGUGGACAUUGUGCAUGAUCAUGAUCUGGAAGAAGCAUUGGCAUACCUUUAUGAGCCUUCAGAAGAACAUUUCGAUAUCUUUUCUCUGCCACAAACAGAGAUGGAGGGGUUAGGAUUUUCCUAUGCUGUUACAAAUGACAUCCAGUCUCUGAGUGAAACAAAUAUAUCUGAUGCAAAUGAGUUUAUGAACUCAUUCCUUGUUAGUUCAGAUGAGAUUCCCUAUGCAAAUGGUUCUAUAUAA